AUGGCGUGUGCACAGCAAUCUCCUACUGAGUACCUCAGAAACGCCAGGAAAAACCUGGUUACUCGUAUGAAAAACCUUCCUGUGAUCAUUGAGAAUCUUUAUCAGAAGAAUGUUUUCAAUGACUAUGAGGUCGAUACUCUCAAAGCCGAGAAGACAGAGUUUGAUAAAGCCAGAUGUAUAUUGGAUUGGGUUAUUAACAAAGGUGAAAUCGCCAGUUAUGAAUUACUCAGGAUUCUGGAUGUCACUCAGAAGAGGACAUUAUCUUCAGAUUUACGCUACUGGAUCAGCUGUUUUCCCUUCAGAUGGGAAGAUACAGAGGCCAGUUAUUCAUUUGGUACAAAGCCCUGUCAAAUCUACCAGACACAGCUCAAGAUGAAAGCAAAAAACAUCCUGAAGAACCAAAGGGAACGUUUCUGUAAAUAUCUGGAUGACAAGGCACAAGUAAACUUCAGUUUCAUAUCGCUGGUUUUAGAGACUGGCUCUGUCAUGAAAACGCAAUGCAAAAUAAAAUUGAAAAACAAAAAAUGCAAAAAACUACGACCCAAAAAAUUGAGAGCUUACAUACCUAAUGAGGAACAAGCACUGUCACCUGAGGAUCUCCUGAAAUGGCAGGACCAGAACAUCCUCAUCAUAGGCAAACCUGGAGUAGGAAAGACUACAGUUGUCCAGGAAAUGUUGCGUUGUUGGACAGAGAAGGAUAACAGAGAGCUGGACUACCAGUUUUACUUUGAUGAAUGUGUUUUGCCCCACAGUUCUAGCAUUGCCAGUUUGCAGUCUGUUUUGUUUGAUGUGUAUUUAAAACCAAUGGAAAAAGACAGAAUGGAAGUGUUUAAAGAUAUUGAAGAAAACUCUGAUAAUGUUGUCAUUGUGUUUGAUGGUGUGACGGAUUUGGAAGAAAAUUCCAUCUUAUGGAAGAUCAUGAACCACGAGCUCCUGCCUGAUGCCAAGAUUGUGAUAACAUGCAGAUCAGAGGUGGAGGAUGAUCCAGUUUUCUCCAUUUGGCCGACACGGAAAGUGUAUGUCCAAGGAUUCAGUGAAGAGUCUAUCAACACUUACUACCAGAGUAUGUUGGGUCAUGAUCCUGUUCUUCUAGAUGUUAUUUUGAAGAAUCAAGAGCUGUUCAGUCUUAGUCAUGUUCCAUUGUAUGCAUUCAUGAUUGUAGACUUGAUUCAGUUUAAAAAUGACACUGUAUGCAACCAUUCACACACAGUCACUGAAAUGUACAUCCACAUUUUCCGUCUUGCUGUGAAGAAACAUGGGAAUAAAAAAAAUAAGCAAAUAGAUAAGUACCUGAAAGAGAUGAAAAGUCAGGUUUAUCGCUUGAUGGAAAAUGCUUUCAAUGCAACUAUGCAGAAGUGCCUAAACCUUCCAGAUAUUAGCAGUGAUGAGACAGACGUUUGUCAUGUCUCCUGUAGUGAGAGGAGGAACUGA